ACGUCAUGGGCGGAGUUUAGUUGAAGAUCGAAUUCGGAUUCGGUUGGCGGGUGCGGCCAUCUUGGUGAAUAAGUGACCUGGCGAUUUGGAUUUAGUUAGUGAAAAAUCAGUUGUAAUCCACAAUGUCCGAAAGGGAAGAUAAUGUGUACAAAGCUAAAUUGGCCGAACAGGCCGAGCGCUACGAUGAAAUGGUUGAUGCUAUGAAGAAUGUGGCUUCCCGCAAUGUAUCAGACAAUGAACUCACAGUUGAAGAGAGGAAUCUCCUCUCUGUUGCAUACAAGAAUGUCAUAGGUGCCCGCCGAGCAUCCUGGAGAAUAAUUUCUUCCAUUGAACAGAAGGAAGAAACUAAAGGCGCAGAGGACAAGCUAAACAUGAUCCGCGCCUACCGCAGUCAGGUGGAGAAAGAGCUGCGUGACAUCUGUGCCGACAUCCUCAGCGUCCUCGACAAGCACCUAAUACCCAGCUCGCAGACCGGCGAGUCGAAGGUCUUCUAUUACAAAAUGAAGGGCGACUACCACCGGUACCUGGCCGAGUUCGCAACGGGCAAUGACCGCAAGGAGGCGGCGGAGAACUCACUGGUGGCAUACAAGGCGGCCUCCGACAUUGCCAUGACCGAGCUGCCACCCACACACCCCAUUCGUCUCGGUCUAGCGCUCAACUUCUCGGUGUUCUACUACGAGAUCCUAAACAGCCCGGACCGCGCGUGUCGGUUGGCCAAGGCCGCCUUCGACGACGCCAUCGCCGAGUUAGACACUCUGUCGGAGGAGAGCUACAAGGACUCGACGCUCAUCAUGCAGUUGCUGCGGGACAACCUCACCCUUUGGACCUCCGACAUGCAGGGCGACGGCGAGUCCGGUGAAGCGGAACAGAAAGAGCCCGCGCAGGACGUGGAGGACCAAGACGUGUCGUAAUGCCGUUCGCGGCGCGUUUAAUUUAUAUAAAAACAUUACUAUAGUCUCGUCUCGUUAAGAUCCCUUCGACGACACCACCCACUAACAAACAGACAAACAUUGGCAGCCAUCAAAACUAUAUUGUUAUCGUAUAAACGUGUACUCGAUAUAUUAAUAAUGGAACGUUUGUUUCGCGUAUAAAAUUUUAAACAGUACUUUGGUAUUGCAUUUUAAUGUAUGUUGCUAAGAAUGUAUUUUCUUAACGUUAAAAUUGAUCUCUACCGUUGAAAGUUAGCUUCCCCCUUCCCCCUCUCCCGCUCCUAUUAGCGUUCGUUAGUGACUCUCGUACCGCCUGGGAUCUUAUAACUUCAUAGUGGUCGCUAUCUUCACAUCCGUGGCUACUCUCUAAGAACUGUAAAUUUUCUAAGUAUUUUAUACCGUGUGUAAAAUUAAUGUAUUAAAAGCUGUUGAAUCUUAUAACGAACACUAAAGCGGCAGAAUCGAUCGAUGCGUUUCGGCGAAUAGUGGUUUGUAUGUUAUCACGCGAAGGUAAUAAUAACGUUGUAUCGUCCGUCUGGUUCGGUUUGCACAAAUAGUCGUUACGUCAAGUGUCCGGGACUUCCCCGCAUUACAAACGUUUGGAGUAUUCACACUUGCAUCGCUUUAAUUACUUACGAGUAUUGUGAUAGAGAUUUGUAUAUUUAAUUUAUUUUAUAAUUUCGCAUAUUUCUCGAGAAUAUCAUUGUGUAGCGCUAUUCAUGUUAUCUGUACGAUUUUACAGGACGAAAGAACGGUAGUUGUAAAGUUGUGCUAGGUUUAAGGUUAGCACUUGGUGAAUAAUUUAUUUGCGAGCUAGAGUCAGAUACAUUCCAUCUCGUAUGCGCUAGCGCAGCCGCGUGCCGUGCCGAGUGCGCGCCCGAGUAAGAUAUUAGCGUUAUUUUAUUUGAAUUUGUAAUAUUGCAUAUAUUUUUGUUAUUUUAUCCACAAAAAAUACUGAUGCAAUUAAUUAGCCUUAGUGUUAUGCAAUAUUGAUUUAUGUCCUACCAACUACUGAAAAUUUAUUGUAAAUGACAGUGUAAAUCUAAUAAUAAAAUUCAAAAGUCCA